UUUCCGCAUUUUCAGCCAUUUCUUACCAAGGAAGAGGAAGAACGAAUCUUUCUAGAAUACAGUUAUACGGGCGCAACUACAAAUAUACAUCCUUUACUAUCAAUGUUGGUCAAUUAUACUCAUCCUGUAAAGUUUUCUGGAUUCGACGUCGCUGAAAUGAAUAAUCUUCAUUUCCAUAUGUCUUCGUUUUCGGAAAGUACGGGUCUUGGUUAUUUGAAACAAAGCGCUCCCGAAUUCGUUAAUUACAAUAAACGGCAAUUAAGUCGUAUAUAUCCUAAAGGAGCUCGAGUUGAUUCUAGCAAUUUCUUACCUCAGAUUUUUUGGAAUGCUGGAUGUCAAAUGGUCGCUCUGAAUUUCCAAACUCCUGACGUACCCAUGCAGCUUAAUCAUGGAAAAUUUGAAUAUAAUGGAGGUUGUGGAUACCUUCUGAAACCCGAUUUCAUGCGUCGGCCAGACAGGACAUUUGAUCCUUUUUCUGAAUCGCCCGUUGAUGGAGUUAUUGCAGCACACUGUUCUGUCAAGGUAAUAUCCGGUCAUUUUUUGUCGGAUAAAAAGGUUGGCACCUACGUUGAGGUGGAGAUGUACGGUCUUCCAACGGAUACAAUCCGUAAAGAGCAUCGAACUCGUACAGUGCCAGCUAAUGGGCUCAAUCCUAUUUAUAACAGUGAUCCAUUCGUUUUUCGUAAAGUAGUUCUACCAGAGCUUGCUAUUUUGCGCUUUGCUGUCUAUGACGAAAACGGCAAACAAAUUGGCCAACGAAUUUUGCCUUUGGAUGGUUUACAAGCAGGAUAUCGGCAUAUCACCUUGCGAACUGAAUCUAAUUUUUCGAUGGUUUUACCUGCUUUAUUUGUUCGUAUUGUGAUCAAAACAUAUGUUCCUGAUGAAUUAAGUGGCUUGGUGGAUGCAUUGGCUGAUCCUCGAGCUUACCUGUCUGCACAAGAAAAAAGAAAAGAAGCUUUACAUAAUAUGGGUGUGGACGAAGCUGAUAUAGUUGAAAUUCCGAUUAAUAAAGCAACCUCAUUUGCUACAGCUAAAAGCAAUUUGCUGCGUCUGAACGGAACCUCAAAUAUUUUGAGCACUGAGUAA